CUAAAAUAUAAACUUCGUCCUGCGACCCGCCUUCCCCGUCCCGAGAGUGACUGACACUCGCUCGCCGCCCGGGAAUGUGCCAUUCGCUGUGACGGGACGCUUGGACUUCAAGUCGUGACUCGUCUGAAGAGCGAUCGACGGGGGAGGAGCUGCUCUCCUCGGGAGGGAAGCGUCCCCCAACAGCACUCUGAUCAUUUCCUUUUGGGAUUAAUAAAGUAUUCUGAAUCUGAUCAGGCGAUGUGCAAUCAGCACCUCGGCUGAACGUGGAUCUCUCUCGAGCCGCAAUGCUGUUCUCCCGGCUGUCCUUCCAUGUGCGCUCCAGGACCUUCCGGCAGGUUCUGCUGCUGCUCUGCCUGAUGUCGCUGGUCGGGCUGCUGGUCACUCAAAAGAACAGAAUCAUCUCCGGGGUCUACCCCAGCCAAUCAGAGGAGAGGAGUAAUGAAGAGUUAAAGGACCACGUCAAUAAAGAAGACAUCAACAAAGCUGCUAAUGUUACAAAGUCUAUACCACAGACCACAAGGCUACUGUACCCCCCGACCAAGGGGCCCAGCAGACCCUUAACCACUAAAGGACCAUCACUUGUAAACGCCGUCACAUCUCAGAGUUCCAGGCCACAAAAUACGACCCGCAAAAUAAUCUCCAGCACUUAUAAUUUGGGAGACACGUACGCUACGGAUGACAUGCAUGUCAAUUCUAAAUGUCCUAACCGCAUCAGAGAAAAGUUCCGGAAUGCCGAGAACUUAAAAGAAAAAUUUUUGGAGAUGGUGCCGGUGCUGCAGUGGAAAAAACAUGCUCAGGAGUCCGAAUACGAAAGACUUCGGAAAUUUUCUGGAGCCCAGGGUUGGAUGGGCGUCACGUGGCACAUUCUAAACGAAACGCUCAACUUGAUGAACUCCACGGGCAACGGCUACAUGUUCGACACCUGGAACGGGACUUCCCCUUGUAUUCGUUGUGCCGUGGUGGGCAACGGUGGAAUCCUGAAUGGAUCUAGAAUGGGCAAAGAGAUUGACAGCCAUGACUACGUCUUCAGGGUGAACGGGGCCAUUACCACCGGCUUUGAAACGGACGUUGGCAAUCGCACUUCCUUCUAUUUUUUUGGCACAAACACCAUGAUGAACUCAUUAGCGGCCUAUGGGCACAGAGGUUUCAAGCGCAUACCGCGCACAGUGGAAACCCGCUUCGUCCUCUUACCGGAUCACGACAGAGAUUAUUUAUUAGUCCGAGCCGCCCUUACCAACAGCAUCGUCGACCGCAGCCGGGAUAAAGGCAAAGAUCCGGCGCACUAUUUUGGCACAAACCUGACGACGGAACAUUUCAAGAUCCUGCACCCAGACUUCAUGCGUUACCUGAGGAACAGGUUCCUCUGGACCCCCAUCCUGAACACGAAGAACCGGGAUAUAUACAGACCCUCCACCGGAGCCGCUAUUCUCCUGGCUGCUAUACACACUUGUGACCAGGUCAGCGCCUUCGGCUUCAUGACCCCCAACUACCAGAAAUUCUCCGAUCACUACUUUGACGUCAUCUACCGCAAGGUGGCAUUCUACGCCAACCACAAUUUUCGGAAAGAGAUGCAGUUGUGGCAGGAUCUGCACAAAGCGGGCAUCAUCACCCUCUACAUGAGGGACUGAACUCUGGACUGUGACCCCCCCCCCCCCUCCGCAAAGUCCCAAUCCUGGGAACUGGAAGACGUGCCGCCCAUAUCUGCCCAGAUUAAUGACCAGCAUGGCAGUGCCAACCUCACCGCCGUGUGACUACAUUGCGCUCUUUGGACAGAGCUGAGACUCGUCAGCCGACAUUCGGUCUUUGAGAGGAAAGGACUUUGCUGGAUCCUCUCAGCUUAAAGGGGGAGACCCCCCCCCCCAACAUGAAAUCAUAACUUAAGGCGGAGUCUGGCGGGCUGCAU